GGGGAUGGUCAAGCAGGGCUUCCUGAGGAGCAGACAUUCUUACAGAAUGGAGUUGGCUGGAUGGGAACUGGCAGAGGGAAACCAAGCAACCGUGAGAGGGCAAGGAGGAUGCCUUGGUUCUCCAAACGGGGCAGCCACCGGCCUGCAGAGAGCGCUGAGACCACGACCUCAGGGAGCUAAGGGGCACCGGAGCCAAGGAAGCAGCAGUGGAGGCUUGAGAGGACAGCUGCUCUGUGGGGCUGUAGGCGACCCAGCGGAACCGGCAGCCACCAGGCCCCAGGUGGGACAUCUGCGGCACUUCCGGAGGCUGAGUGAUGUCUGGGAGCGGAUUAGACGGCCGGGGAGGGCCCUGGAUGGGUCCCGGUUUCCGACGUUCGAAGCCAGUCGGCCACCGGGGGCGCGCGUGGGCUGUCGGCGCUCUAGCCCGCCCGCGUCCUCUAUGGCCGCCUUAUUUCCGGGCUGUGCUGUGGCGCGCGAGGGCUACCCAACCCGCCGCCGAGACGUCCAGCUACUCGGGGGCCUGAGCCCGCGGGACCCGAAGGCGUGUUCGCGGAUGCCAGCUUGGCCACCCCUGACCCAGCCCCAGUCAUGCCGCUGUGUGACCCCUAACCCCAUCGCGACUGGACGGACCGGACCCCCCUGGGAACCGCCCUGCCCCUGCUGA